AUGUCCGAGAAAAUCAUCCUUCAAAACCCCCCCUCUGACGUCAUUAACUUCAAUUGGAACGAGCCAUCUUCCACCUUUAAGUUGGAUACUCAUCUGCCUUCUGAGGAGUCUCUCAACGAUGGCUUCCUCUUGGUUGAAAUCAAGUACCUUUCAAAUGACCCUACGCAAAGAACUUGGAUCCGUGGCGACCAGGAUCCAAAGAGAGCUUACCAUCCUCCUGUGCAGAAGGGUGCCAUUGUGGAGUCGUUAGGUUUGGGUGAGGUUGUAGCCUCCAAAUCGUCCAAGUUUCAGAAGGGCGAUGUUGUGGUUGGUCUUUUUGGUUGGGCAAAGCAGAUUGUUGUACAUGAAGAGGCUGUUGCCAACAAGGUCGACACAUCGUUGGGUCUUCCCUUGCCACUCUACUUGUCGUCGUUGGGUAUGACUGGGUUGACAGCCUACUUUGGUUUGACCGAGGUCGGUAAGAUCAAGGAGGGCCAGAAGGUGCUUGUUUCUGCUGCUUCGGGUGCUACUGGUUCUAUGGCCGUCCAGCUUGCCAAGCACGUGUUCAAGGCAUCCAAGGUGUAUGGAAUUGCUGGAAGUGACGAAAAGUGCAAGUGGGUCGAGUCCAUUGGUGCCGACUAUUGCGCUAAUUACAGAGACGGAGACUGGAAGAAUCUUCUUAGGUGGUGUCUGGGUUUCUUUAGUUUUUUUUCUUAG